ACAAAGAGCACGACCAUUAAUUACACAUAUAUGCGUAGUUGGUAUUCAAAGGGUUAAACCAAAACAUUGUGCCUGAUCAGUUCUAACAUUUGUUAGUGUUAAAUUCUCUAGUACCUUCAUGCCUCUACAAUGUAAAUCCUGUAAAUCUGCUAUUGGUCGAAUCUACCGGACAACCCCAAGAGAACUGGACCACUUAAGGAAUAUGUAUUGCUUAGAUGUUGAACACAUAAAAAGCUAUCAGGUUGGUUCAGUGAAUGGGAUGCAGACUGUAACUAGAGAGGAAGUUCUUGACCUUCCAACAGCCAAGACCCUUCAACAGGGAAUUCACAAGAUUGAAAGUGUGAUAAUCAUGCUGUUAGAGAGACUGCGUACGCUGGAGGCAGGACUUGAGAUCAGAACAAAUGACGAAGAUACCAAUGGCAAACUAUUUGCUAGUAAAGCAGUGAACAGUGGCAUAGACUCUCAAGUCGCGGUAAUAGAUAAAUCUCAUGAGAAACCAAGCAAAAAGAAAAGAAAGUAAACAAUCUAUCAGCUUGGUGAGUCAGCCGUGGUACAGUUGCGGAGU